AUGGAAUCUUUAAGCAUUUUCAAGUUCUGGCGGAAUAUCACCGGAGAUUCCUUCAGAAAAAACUCCAACGAUGAAACCGAUGACGAAGAAUCGUUCUUAGAUUUGGUUUUCACGUCGCCUGGUUGCACCAAUAACGAAGAAACAAGAAAGGAGUUUCAUUUCGUUGAAUCCUCGAGAGAUGUUUUCAUGACCGAGAACAAUUUAUCAAUGGAUUCUGAUUCGAAGCUGUUACCGUCUCAGACUUCGUUAGGGAAACCGGGGCCGAUGUUUAAAGUCUUCAGGCUGGGGUUUAGAAAAUCGGAGAAAAGUGAGUCUGGCGACGAGUUAUUUGCGAGUCCAUCAACUCGGUUAUCGAGAUCAUCCGAAAAUGAACAGAGCAAACACUUUACCGUGAAAUGCAAAUCGGAGGAAUUUCCAGUAGCCCAAUUUCUCACCAGAGACAACAGUUUGAGAAGCAAAUUGACUAAAGAAUCCUCCGAGGAAGCUAGAUUAAAGCAAUCUGUUACCAAGUAUUUGAACCUGAUAAAGCCUCUGUAUGUUAAGGUAUCAAAGCGACAAAAUGAGAAAUCAAAGUUUUGUAGUUCCGUCACGCCGUUAUCUUCACCAGCGACGGCUCCAGUAAAUUUCUCGCCGAGGAAAUUGUCCGAGAGCAGCAGAGUGGGUAGUUUUAAGAUUGUAACCAAGCAUUUAGGAAAAAGCCGAUCGGCCUCCGCUGCCGUCGGAAUGUCACCGUCGCCGAUUAGCCAGAGAGGUAACUCGCUAUUGCAACAGCACGAUGAAGGAAUCCAAGGCGCCAUCCUUCAUUGCAAGAAAUCCUACAGCUCAUCGUCGAAAGAAUUUUCCCAGUUAUCGCGGUCUGCAAGUGAUCCUUCUACCCAGAAAACAAUUAAUCCAGGAAAAAAUUGGGAAGAACAGAAGAGAUGCAGCAUUUAA